UUGGAAACUAAUGAAAAUUUCAUACUAGUCAAUUAACCAGUGAUGGAGAUUCACACCUUGCUACUAUUUGCCACCCUCUUCCUUGUUAUAAUCCGGUUUUUUCUAAACCGUAAAAAGAAUAAACCGCCCGGUCCAACCGGUCUACCCAUAAUCGGAAACCUCCAUCAACUAGGCCCCCAACCCCACUCUUCUCUUUCUUCCCUUGCCAAAACCUAUGGCCCCAUCAUGUCUCUCCGUUUCGGUUCCGUCAAUGUCACCGUCGCAUCCUCCCCUACAACCGCCCAAGAAAUCCUCCAAAAAAACGACCAAUCCUUCGCCAACCGCCCUAUCCCGGAAUCAGUCGCCGCCCAACCCAACGUCAACGACACCCUCGCUUGGGCACCCGCCGACCCACGCUGGCGCAACCGUCGUCGCAUCUGCACCACUCAAAUAUUCACAUCCCAACGCCUCGACCUCCUCCAACACCUCCGCCACCGGAAAGUUGAGCAGCUAGUCCAACACCUUCACAAAAAAGCUGCGGAAAGAGCAACAGUUGACAUAGGGGAGCUAGCUUUCGCCACCAUGCUGAACUUGGUUUCGAACACGGUGUUCUCUGAGGAUAUUGUUGACCCGGAGUUCGAGAGUGCCGGUGAGUUUAAGGAGCUUGUAUGGAGGAUUAUGGAGGAUGCUGGGAAAGUGAACGUUUCGGAUUAUUUUCCGGUGUUGAAGAGAUUUGAUUUGCAGGGUGUGAAGAGACAUGUUAAGGUUUCUUAUGAGAGAUUGCAUGAGAUUUUUGAUCGUAUGAUUCGAAAGCGUGUUGAGGAUAGAGAGAGUUCGCAUGGCGGUGGAUGUGGUGACUUUCUGGAUGUGUUGCUUGAUCAUUGUCAAGAAGAAGAUGAAGGCUCUGUUUUUAGUGUUGAAAGCAUCAAGCCAUUGAUUCUGGAUUUAUUCAUAGCUGGAAGUGACACAUCAGGAUCAACAACAGAAUGGGCAAUGGCAGAACUUCUUCACAAUCCAAAAAUAAUGAAAAAAGCAAGAAACGAAGUCAUUCAAAUAAUAGGAAAAUCCAACCAGGUCAAAGAAUCAGACAUUCCAUCUCUUCCUUACAUUCAAUCAAUAGUCAAAGAAACACUCCGGCUUCAUCCACCAGUACCACUUCUCUUACCUUACAUUGCAUCAAACGAUGUUGAAAUCAACGGUUACACAAUUGACAAAGGAAAUCAAGUUUUGAUUAACGCUUGGUCCAUUGGAAGAAACCCUGAGUUUUGGGAUGAUCCAUUGGUUUUUAAGCCGGAGAGGUUUGUUGAUUCCAAUGUUGAUUUUAAAGGGAGAGAUUUCGAGUAUUUACCUUUUGGUGCUGGGAGAAGAAUUUGUCCUGGGAUUCCUCUUGCUAAUAGGAUGAUUGUCUUAAUGUUGGCUGUGUUGUUGCAUUCUUUUGAAUGGGAGCUUCCUGAAGGUGUUGGUCCGGAUACGCUUGAUAUGAGGGAACAAUAUGGAAUCACGUUGAAGAAGCUUGUUCCUCUUUCUGCUGUUCCAAUUUCUGUAGUAGUAUGAAUAGAGCGAAUAUACAUGUAAGUAUGUUAAGAGCUGUGUUUGGCAAAAGGAGUUUCUUAUCAGGCUUAAAUAAUUGAAAUAAUGUAGUUUGUUUUGAGACAAAAGAAGUUAUAUGAAUAGGACAGGGUGCAACCCAUGGUUUUAAAUUGCGGUUGCGGUCGCGGAUGCGGUUGUGACAAAAGAAGUUAUAUGAAUAGAAUGUGUGAAAGUGUUUGAUGUGAAUUUUAGAGUUGUCGGAUGUGUGAUUUCAAAUCACACCGCAAUACCAGCCUGAUGCGGAUGCGAAGACUACCACAUCAACAAUAUUGCGGCUACAAUUACUAUUACGGCUGCAAUUACAAUUGCGGACCGCAAUUUAAAACCAUGGUGCAACCAAACAUAGCCAUAUCAUAUGUAACUUAGAGCACUUGCUAGUAGGGCUGUGCAUGGUAACGAUCCAUUAAAAUCAAACUAUAUUUUUGGUUAUUGUUUAGAAACCAAACCAGUGUUUCCAAAAACCAGUUCAUAUUAGUGAAGUGGAUUCAAAUCGGUUUGGAUCCGGUUCAAAACUGGUUUUUAUAUAAACCCAAAUUUCAAA